AUGUUCAGCGUAGCGUCGGCUCUGGAAGUAUGCGGCGUGUGCAGCGCUUGGAAGGAUUUCUUGGUUCUCGUCGAUUUCUGGGUCCUGGUAGCUUCCAAUCUGGGGCUCAAAUGGGGCUUCCUGAUUGCUGAAAGUUCUUGCAUGUUAUUGCUGGACGGUGGGUCUAGCAAUGUGGCCGAGCUCUUGAGCAAUAGAAAGCUCGGUGAGCCCCAAUCGGCGAUCACUGAACCAUCGGUGUCGUCAUUGCCCGCGACCCUCCACCCACCACCAUCACAGCCACCUGCUGCAUCCGACUUCAACCACCUCCGCUGCCUGUUUCCCGAAAUGCCCAAUACCAAUCCAGACAUCAAAGAGUUAGACAUGGAAUCAUCGGAUGUCGAAGGGGUAACCAGCCCUCCUGCUGGCCACCUGCUCCCGGCCGAUUGGUCCUUGCGUGCGAUAUACGUCCGGCACAAACUCUACGCAAGAGUCCAGUACGCUGCCAACAGCCACAGACCCGCCGAAGAAGCCCCCACCUACAGGAUGGUUGACACGGACUCAUAUCUGGCCCCAUUCCAGCUUGGUGUUUCUCAAUUGACGCAAUUCAACUUCGCUUCAUUCAAACGUUGGGUCAUUCGUCAGUCCAUGCAACAGGCUGGGGCAAGCAUGCCUCAUCCAAUCAACAUCGUUUCCGUUUACGCCGACUUCAUGGACAUUCUAACUUGGAAAUAUGCCGUCAAUCAGUUGGCCAAGGUGCCCAUGAAAGUCCUCAACUCAAACAGGUUUAGCAUGUUCCAGGCGGAAGUUUUAGAAGCGCCGCCAAAGACCCAAUGA